AAUCGAGAGAGUCCUUUAAGAGAGAGAGAGAGAGUGUGUUUGUGACAUGAACAUGUGCCCUACGAAGCAAAAGCAUCGGAGCUCCGGUGGCCGGGCUUCCAAAUCUGGUGAGCACACUACGACGAAGACCACCAACGCGACCACCGGGAUGGAGUGGAAGUCGGAGGCCAUCCAUGGCGGAUCCCUUCGCCACGUGGACCUCCACACGGGAACCAACGGCUGGGCCUCGCCGCCCGGCGACCUCUUCUCACUCCGCUCCAAGCAGUACCUGACCAAGCGGAUCAAAUCCCCCGCAGGUGAGUACCUCCUCUCGCCGGUUGGCAUGGACUGGUUGAAAUCGACCGCCAAGCUCGACAACGUACUCGCGCGGCCCGAUAACCGCGUGUUCCACGCGCUCCGUAAGGCUCAGGCUCUAGGCAGGUCCCUCAAGAGCUUCAUUCUAGCUGUGAACCUCCAGGUCCCCGGGAAGGACCACCACAGCGCCGUGUUCUACUUCGCCGCAGAGGAACCUAUCCCCGCCGGCUCUCUCCUCUACCGGUUUGUCAACGGCGACGACUCGUUCCGGAACCAGCGGUUCAAGAUCGUGAACCGGAUCGUCAAAGGACCUUGGAUCGUGAAAAAGGCGGUUGGGAACUACAGCGCGUGCUUGCUAGGCAAGGCCUUGACGUGUAAUUACCAUAGAGCACCUAACUACUUGGAGAUCGACGUCGACAUCGGGAGCUCGGCGAUCGCGAGCGCGAUUCUGCACCUCGCGCUGGGGUACGUGACGAGCGUGACGAUCGACAUGGGGUUCGUGGUGGAGGCGCAGGCGGAGGAAGAGCUGCCGGAGAGGCUUCUAGGCGCGGUUAGGGUUUGCCAGAUGGAAAUGUCAUCGGCCACCGUGGUCGACGCGCCGCACGCUCCGGCAAUGGCCCGUGGGUUGAGUUUUGCCAAGGUGAACCACCGCCAGUCCGGCGAUUAUGACGAUGAUGGUGAAAACGGAAAUAUUUAAAUUCAUCAUAAAUUUAGCGUUAAUGAUUUGUUAACUUUUUUGGAAUUUUCACGGGGGUUAAUGUAAUCUUAGUCCCUUUUUUAUUUAAUGGGGAUCGGUGGUUUAGAAUCUGUAGAUAAUAAAUGGUAAAAAAAAUUAUAUAUAUAUUGCAAUGCGCUGUUUUCCUUCA